UGGUCCUGGUUGUUUCCGUUGUCAGGCGUCCUCCUGCAGUUGGGCAAAGGUUGAUUUCCAUCAUGGCUGCGGAACGACGAGUGGGAGAAAUUGUGUGAAUCAAGUUGUGAAACAUGUUCGCACAAGGGCUGGCGGUUCUUGCCCAGGUGGAUUUCGGAGUCCACCAUGGCUUUCGAAGGAAGCCAAAACCAAUCAAAAAACAUGUAUAUCUAGGUCAUUUUUAAGCAUUUCUUGUCUCGUCAUCCAAGUAUGACCUCACAGCACAAGCAUCUACAUUAUCAUGGCGCUAUUAUUCUCGUUUCAACAUUUAUCCUGGCUGGCUCUCAUAGGGAUUCUCCUGAUAUCAGGCUCUUGCAAAUGUAAUCCGGAUGCCAAGCGUCUGUACGAUGAUUUGCUUUCGAAUUAUAACAAGUUAGUCCGUCCGGUGGUGAACGUGACGGAUGCCGUCACGGUUCGCCUCAAGCUGAAACUCUCGCAACUCAUUGACGUAAACCUCCGCAAUCAAAUCAUGACCACCAAUCUGUGGGUGGAGCAAUUCUGGUACGACUACAAGAUGCGCUGGAACCCAGAGGAGUACGGUGGGGUGGAUAUGCUCCACGUGCCCUCCGAUCACAUCUGGAGGCCCGAUAUCGUGCUCUACAACAAUGCGGAUGGUAACUUUGAGGUGACCUUAUCCACCAAGGCCACACUGUUCAAUACGGGGCGAGUGGAAUGGCGACCACCUGCCAUUUAUCACUCGUCUUGCGAAAUGGAUGUCGAGUACUUUCCAUUUGACGAACAGACUUGCGUCAUGAAGUUUGGAAGCUGGACCUACGACGGAUUUCAGGUUGAUCUUCGCCAUCAAGAGGAGGAACAUGGGUCCAACAUCGUGAGCAUCGGUGUGGAUCUGACCGAGUUCUACAUGUCUGUGGAAUGGGAUAUCCUCGCCGUACCUGCCAUUCGAAACGUGAAAUUCUAUACUUGCUGUGAGGAGCCGUACUUGGACAUCACCUUCAACAUCACGAUGCGACGGAAGACCCUUUUCUACACUGUCAAUCUAAUCAUUCCAUGCAUGGGCAUCUCGUUUCUCACGGUUCUUGUAUUCUAUUUGCCCUCUGACAGUGGAGAAAAAGUUAGUCUGUCCAUCAGCAUUCUCCUUUCACUCACUGUAUUCUUCUUGCUACUCGCUGAAAUUAUUCCACCAACAUCCCUGGUUGUGCCUUUACUCGGAAAAUUUGUACUCUUCACCAUGAUCUUGGACACUUUCAGUAUCUGUGUGACCGUGGUCGUUCUGAACGUCCACUUCCGCUCUCCUCAAACCCAUACGAUGGCCCCUUGGAUGCGUCGGGUGUUCAUUCAUAUUCUGCCUCGCCUUCUCGUCAUGCAAAGGCCCGGAAAUGGUCAGGACGAGAUCGACAUGUCGGGUGCCUCUUUGACCAUGCUGCCCCCAAGCCAACAACAACAACAACAACAGCAGCAGCAGCAACAACAACAACACGCCCACCCAACCAAUAACACCGUCUCAUCAUCAGCCUCAGGCAUUCCCUCGUCCAAAAAGAAGAAGAAGCCAACAUCAUCAUCUGGUAAACCCAGACGUCCUUGCCCACGGGGAGUGCCCGGUGGACACGGUAGCGGUUCUGGCAUGGCAAGCCGUCAUGUUAAUCACGCUCAAACUCUGGACAACGGUCUGAACCACGCCAUCCUUGAUUUUGACGAUGAGGAAGAUGAGGAUAUUCCUCCAGCCCUGUUUCCACCCGCCGUCUCUCGUCAUCGCCUCAAUAGUCUCCACUUGCACCCCCACCCUGGUAUGGGCGCUCUAGAGUUCGAUCAGGCUGGCUAUCCGAACCCGAGCGAGGAUGACGAUGGCGAAGACGACGAGGAUGAGGAUGAUGAUCUCUUUCCCUUUGGGAUUCCAUGUCAAAUUCAUUCGGGAACAAGUCUGGGUCCCGGUUGUCCGGAAAUCUAUCGAGCUCUAGACGGGGUUCGAUACAUUGCCGAAUGCACAAAACGAGAAGAGGACUCAAGUAAAGUCAAAGAGGACUGGAAGUACGUGGCCAUGGUCCUGGAUCGCUUGUUUCUUUGGAUAUUCACAGUCGCAGUCUUGGUCGGUUCGGCUGGGAUUAUCCUUCAAGCACCGGCUCUGUAUGAUACUCGCGGAGCCAUUGACGUGGAGCUCUCGGAAAUUGAGGCAGCCACAGCCAAGCCCAGAUCAGAUCGGAAAAACAUCUUCUGAUGACAGAUUAUGCCGUUAAGUACAAGACCCACCCCCGCAGUGGACCACCCCCGACUAGGGGUAUCAACCUAUGGAAUUGGAAAUUCAACCCAGGCUCACUUUCACUGUCUAUCCCUACUGCUGCUCAUUUUGCCUGUCAGACGAAAAAACAUCAGCCAAGCAACUUCGAAUUGUUGCCACGGAGAAUACUUUCUUUACACCCUGAACAUCAACCAUCUCGCCAAGAAAUAUGCCAAAAAUAAUGACCUAGAAAUACAUGCUUUUUUCAAAUGCCA